AUGACAACUUCAGUAACAGGAACCGUUGACGUUAAGAAAGAGCAAGAUGACAGUUCCCUGCAAACUGGGCAGGAAUCGGCUGCUUCAGGUGGUAAAUCGUCUCCGUUUUCUAGAGAAAGUACGUCUACUCGUACAUCCCGAUCUUCAAGUAGAUCACCAUCAAGGUCGACAAAAUCAGUCAAGGUGAGUAAGAGAUCUACAGGAAAAAGGCGGUUUCACAGGAAGAGCAGGAAGGGGUGUGCCACUUGCAAGAGGAGGAGGGUCAAGUGUGAUGAGACGAAGCCGGUUUGCAAGAAUUGCCAGCGUAUAGGAUUGGAGUGCUUAUACUUGUAUCCGUAUGCAUCUCUGGAGGAGAAGCAGAAGGCCAUGGCGGCAAAAAAGGCACAGGAGGAGAGGAGGAAGAGAGAUGAGGAGCAAAAAAGACAGAGUGAGCUGAAUCAACAGCAGAAGAUGAACAUGAUGGCUUCAAGACAGAUGUCGUUUCAUCAGGGCUCGUUCCCACUGCAAUCCCAACCGCUGAUGUCUGCUCAAUCUCAGAAUGCGAUUUCAAUUGCCAACUCACCAGUAGAGUUACCACAAUCACCACCAUUGGCCAACAUCACACCGGGCUUAAUCAACUCGGCAGCUUUGUCCAUGCAGAGAAUACCGAGCUAUGGUUUAUCCUCCAUAUUGAACCAGUCGUUUCCCUCCUCGUUUGGCUCGUUGUCCAGCUCUAUAAUGUCACCUGACUUAAAUAACGUCUCACACGUACCUGCUCUUACUGUUAAACAUGCAACGCCUCCACCUCAAUCGACUUCAGUUUCCGGCUUGACAAACCAGCAGAUGUCACAUUACGGUGCUCGUUCACAGUUGGAUCAAGGAAGACAGCAGGCUUAUCAACAACAACAACAGCAACAGCAGCAGCAACAACUACGGCAGCUAGAACUACAACAGCAGAAAAAAAAUCGGCUGUUGAAGAAUUCCAUGCAAAUGCAGAAUGCUACGACACAUUAUCAAGGAGUUGCUGACAUGGGUACAUCGGAUGAAUUACAAAGAAAGGAUAAGCUAUCUGCCCAACGAAGAAAUCCAACACUAUCAUCAACUCCAACACCCCAGCAGCUGGCUGCAAGAAAGCAGGAACAGCGGAAUUCUGUCAGCCAAAGUCUGGCAGAUAACGUAAAUGGAGACAUGGACUCCACCAAACAGACCUCUCCUUUGCUAAAGAAAUCCCAAACUCUUGGAAAGGGACCAUCGCUUUCACCGGAUCUAAUAAAUGCGCCACCUCCACCGAUGACACAGCCUGUUUCCGAGCUAAAUUUGUUGGAUCUCCGCUUGAUGUAUCACUACACAACUAAAGUCUGGCCCACGAUUACGGCAGCUGGAAUUUCCGACUCCAAGAUUUGGUCCGAUGACAUUCCAAUGCUUGCAUUCAAGUAUCCAUUUCUUAUGCACUCGCUUCUAGCCUUUUCUGCAACCCAUCUAUCCCGUACCGAGCCUGGUCUUGAUCAGUGCGUUACUGGGCAUCGUUCGGAGGCCUUAAGGCUUUUACGUGAGGCUGUACUGGAAAUGUCACCUGAAAAUACGGAUGCAUUAGUUGCUUCAGCUUUGAUUUUAAUCAUGGAUUCUCUAGCCAACGCAUCCUCACCAACAUCUACAUCGCUUAAGUCGUUGCCGCCUUCAGCAUGGAUAUUCCAUGUAAAGGGGGCUGCAACAAUUCUAACUGCAGUGUGGCCUCUCAGUGAGCGGUCGCGGUUUUAUAAGUUCAUUUCCGUUGACCUUGGUGACCUUGGUGAUAUUGGUUAUGAUAUGAUAUCGGGUGAGUUAUCAAAUACAUCAGACACAGGUGAGAACACCCAAUCAUUAGGUAAGGGCAGAAUUCGCAAGCCAAGAAUCAAAUAUUCGAACAUUAAGUGCUUCGAUGAUGAAAUUGCCGAUCUUUUCCCCAUUCCUCUCACGUCACCAUACUUCCCAACUCUUGCAUACAUGGCCAAACUAUACAAGGAAAGAUACAAGUCAGACUUUAUUCUUCGAGUGUUUGCCUUUCCGGCCCUUUUGGAUAAGAAAUUCCUUGGAUUACUUGUCAGCUGCGAUUUGGUUGCAAUGAGAAUCAUGCGUUGCUACUAUCGUUUGCUCCGGAAUUUCACCGAGGAGAUGAAGGACAAGGUUUGGUUUUUGGAAGGUGUCUCUUCAGUUCUUCCAGUUGAUGUGGAUCAGUACUCUGGAGGUGGUGGUAUGCACAUGAUGCUAGAUUUCUUGGGCGGACCAUCUAUUAUUGAUGAUGAUGGGAAAGGCGGAAAUGAAAUCGAUAGGAAGGCACUGCAAUCCGGUUUACUAGACACUAAUAAUCUUCCUAGCUCAUCAAUUGGAGACAGCUUAAGACUAGAUGAUAGCUCUGCUCUCACAGAUGAUGAAGCUGCAGACACUGACUUUAUGGAAAUGGCCAACAAGCAUUGA